AAAAUUUUCAGAGUUUCUCUUUCAACUUCCAGUUACAAUUUUCAUCCUCCAAAUUUCCUUCUGAAUCUCUUUGCAAUGGAGUUACGUCCGUUAGACAUCAAAGUGAUCUCAGCAGAGAACAUAAAGAAUGUCAAUACUUUCUCUAAGAUGGAUGUUUAUGCAGAAGUCUUCAUCUCCAGUUACUCCAACAAGUCGUAUAGGCAGAAAACCUUGGUCGACAAAAACAGUGGCCCGAAUCCCAAGUGGAAUCACUCAAUGAAAUUCACUCUUGACGAAUCUUCUAUCAAUAAACCAGGGCUGUACCUUGUUAUUCGUCUCAAAUCUGAACGUACUUUAGGUGACAAAGAAAUCGGCGAAGUGUCCGUACCCGUUAACGAGAUGUUCAAUCAGGAGACUUCUAGUGGUGCUGCUGAAAGGUUCGUUGAGUAUCCAGUUGUAACAGAGAGCGGCAAACCGAAAGGCACACUGAAAUUCUCGUAUAAAUUCGGGGAGAAAUUUACAGCGCCUGAGAAGAAGAAAGACGUAAAUCAUGAGCCGGUAACAGCUUAUCCUGCUGCACCAUAUGGUAUGGCUUAUAAUCAGCAAAACUCAGGAUAUGCAUAUCCGCCUCCUCAGGCUCAUCAAGGUGGGUAUCCUGCUGGAUAUCCACCAGCAGGUGCACCGGGUUAUGCACAGCCAGGGUACGGGUAUCCACCAGUACAACAACCUGGUUACGGAUAUCCACCGGUGCAACCACCUAAGAGGAAGAACAAGUUCGGAGGAGGUGGAUUAGGGUUGGGACUUGGCGCGGGAUUGCUUGGUGGUUUGUUGGUUGGUGAUAUGAUUUCGGAUGUUGGAGAGAUGUCUUCUUAUGCUGAUGGGUAUGGAGAUGCUAUGGAUGAUAUGGGUGGUGGGUUUGAUUUUUAGUUUAUGAAUUUUAGAAUAUGGUAAAUUUUCUUUCGUUUUUUUUGAAGUCUUUUGAUAUGUAAUGAACUUAGGUAUUUUGGUAGAUUUUGGAGCUUGUAGUUACUGUUCCUUUUGUGCACAAUUUUGUGCAUUAUAAUAGUUUCUGACUCUUUUUACAA